GCGCGAGGCCAAGAAAACCCGUCGGUAUAAAAGCCGAGCCGAUCGGUAGACUCACCAUCAGUUACCUAUUCGCUUGUUUCACAGUCACAUCUUCCACAGAUUAAAUAUGAAAUUGUUGGGAGUUGUCUUUGUUUUUGCCUUGGUGCUUCUUGCAUCCGCUGAAGAUGAAAAGAAACCAGUGGCUGAAGCCAAAGUAGAUGACACCAAAGCCGCCGAGGGUGCGAACCUCGAGGAGAAGAAACAGGACAAGCGUGGCCUGUACGGCUGGACCGGGGGAUAUGGCGAGUACGAGGAGAAGCACGAGAUCCCGCACUUCGAGGAGCACCACGAGAAGACGCUGACGGUGAUCAAGAAGGUCCCGAUCCCAUACCCGGUCGAGAAGCAGAUCCCCUACCCGGUGGAGAAGACCGUCCACUACCCGGUCAAGGUGCAUGUGCCCAAGCCAUACCCAGUGUACAAGACCAUCCACUAUCCGGUCAAGGAAAUCGUUAAGGUACCGGUCCAUGUCCCAGCUCCGUACCCGGUUGAGAAGAAGGUCCCAUACCCAGUCCAUGUCCCGUACGAUAACCCCGUCCCAGUCAAGGUGUACGUGCCAGCUCCAUACCCAGUGGAGAAAAAGAUCCCAGUGCCGGUGAAGGUCCCCGUCCCGGCUCCAUACCCAGUCGAGAAGAAGGUCCUUGUACCGGUCAAGGUUCCAGUCCAUGUCGAGAAGCCAUACCCAGUCGAGAAGGUUGUCCACUACCCGGUCCAUGUUCCAGUCGACCGUCCAGUCCCAGUGCACGUUGAGAAGCCAGUGCCAGUCCCAGUCGACAAGCCAGUCCCGUACACCGUCAUCAAGAAGAUCCCAUACCCAGUCCAUGUCCCAUACGAUCGUCCAGUGCCAGUGCAUGUCGACAAACCAGUGCCAGUCCCAGUGAAGGUUCAUGUGCCAGCUCCAUACCCAGUCGAGAAACACAUCCCUUACCCAGUGGAGAAGCACGUCCCAUACCCAGUCAAGGUCCCAGUUGAGCGUCCAAUCCCAGUUGAGAUCGAAAAGCACGUCCCAGUCGAGGUCCACAAGCAUGUCCCAUACCCGGUGAAGGUUCCCGUUCACGUGCCAGUCCACCACCACGAAGAGCACCACGAGGAGGAACACCACGUCGAGGAACACCAUGGCGGCUAUGAGGGACAUCACGAAUUCCAUGAGCAUCACUAAGUCAAGAAGAGCCCCCAUCAUUUCAUUAUUUAUAUCGCAAACUUGUGAUUCUAGUUUCUAAACGACUAACACUCCGACUACUAACAAACAAAAAAACACGCGAAUUCCUACCAACUAAGCUGUGAAGGUAACAAUUGAUCAAACGACCCCAGGAGCGUUCGGCGUUGGCCGGGAGCAGACAUCGAGCGACUUGACCGCAUCGUACCGCAAGCGCACAGCUAGGAGCCCUUCUGAGGCAGUAGGGAUAAUUCCAGCAGCUGUUCAACUGUUGAGUAGAGAUGGGGAAGGCCAUUUGCUAUCGCGAAGGCUCACGAGCGCGCGCGCGAACGUAACGCCCCGAGAGGUCGCUAGCAGUCAACAACAUGCUCCCGCAUCCGCCGGGCGCCAGAAAUGAAGUUUUAGUUUUUCAAACCGAGCCUUUCCAUACGCAGCAUACGCAGUAAAACGUCACCACCAACUCCUGAAAAUCGCGAGAAUAUCGAGUCUCCACACGAUCGGAUUUGAAUAAGAAAAUUUCGCAUUCUUACUACAUGUACGAAGAGAGUAACGAUGCUCAGUUACCAAAACUACUAUGCUACUAUGUUUUUGUUAUAUAGAUUUUUUAAGUGAUACAAGCUGACAGAGAAAAAAAAGAAGAAACCAAACGUCAAAGAAAAUGAAAACUUUUGUUACAACUGUUGUGUACAUAUAUAUAAAAAACCGCAAAGAAAAAAAGAGCUAUUUUUGUUGCCUA